UAUUUAGAUUUGUGAGGAUGUUGUGUUUUUAUUCAUGUCUCUAUAAACUGAGGUGAUCUGAGUUUGUUUGUGGCUCCUUCAGUCUUUUACCCCGGUGCAGAUAUACAGGCUCAUCUAACCAAAGCUUUGUUAAAAACUGAUGCACCUGCCAUUAAAGGUGUAGAUAUGAACCAGAAUUAUGAUGUGAAACUCGUUCAGUUUAGCUUUAUUACGAUAAAAAAAUAACACAAUCUGCCCGAGGAGAGAGUAAGCUCGUUAUUUUGAUCAUUUGCACUCGCUAAAUAUUCAUAUAUUUGCCAUCUAAUUAUUAAUAUUAAUAAAAUAGCAAACAUUUUCUACAUUAUUUGACGUGGCGUUAGUUUUAGUGCUCUGAAUUAACCUUACAGGCGGUUGAAGUUGAAUUCGUUGAGAAACGUACUAUAUCCGCCCAUGUGAGAGACGCUGGUAUUUUAAACGAGCAAUCUCUAUUUAGUGUGUUUUUUACCGCGGAGCUUGGCCUUACAGGUAGUUUUCCUCUCAGCGUACGGACACAUUUUACACUUUCUUCACAAGCUUUAACCUACAUCCACGUGUUAUAUGUGUUUACCAAGUUAUUAUCUGAUUUGUUUGGUUAUGGGAGACUGUUAUAAGUUUUUACCGAACCUGCGAGGCUCAGCUCAGGGUAAACAAACACACCCCGCUCUGUGGUGAUGCCGCUCGGCUGGCGGUGCUGCUCAGUAGCCAGUCAGCUAGUCACCGAAGCGCCGUGUAAAUGAUAACGUUUGCGGUGUUUGUCACCGACUUCAGGCCCUGUGGUGACGCCGCUGACAAACACAAGAUGCGGCUGUAGUCGUUGCUGGCGCGUAACGAGCUGCAGCAGCCGAGUACGAGCAGCGAACAGCGGGUAGUUGUGCUAACCAGCGGCGGCUAGCUGGCUGAGCUAACGUUCAGCUCGCUAACGUUUUUACCGCUAAUCACUUCAGCCGUCAUGCUAGCUCCGUCCUCCGCUGGGCACGCGUUAGUUUGCUGCGGUUUUGCCUCCUCCGUCGGGGCAGAAAUAACAGACGGUUAGUCCACCCCAUCACCACCACCACCACCACCACCAUCAUCUCAACAACAUGACCCCCGCACAGUGAGAUAAUGGGCUGCUGUUAGCGGCUAACAUAGCCGGUGAUGCUAGUAGCAGAGUCCGUGCACGCCGCCCGCAGCUGAAGUCAUGUCCGUCCCAUGGAGCUGAAGUGUUGCUCGGCUUGGCAAAGAUGACGGGCCGCCUGAGCCGGGUUUUUGUGCCUCUGUCUGCAGGAGGCGGAUCAUGGAAGCCGAGGAAGAGUGGAGCAACAAAGACCUGAGUGCGCACAAACUGCUGGAUAAAAAGGUGCUCCGCAAGCAGAAUGGAAGGAUCGGUAUAGUGAGGACUCUCCACAGCCUGUUGAAAACCCAGAACACACUGCAGAUUCAGUCCAUCACCCGCUCAGAAUGUGCUGGCUCCUGUCCAAAUCUGAUGAUGAGUAGGAGCGAUCACGCCGAUGCGAGGCCCGUCCCCGUGGCCCUCACCCCCCAGCUCCCCCCCAGAGCCCACCGGCCCCUCUGCAUGUCGGUCUCCUCCGACAGCAGCGGACGCUUCAAAGCUCUGGAGACGCAGGAGUGGAAGAACAACCUCAAAGCUCAGAUGGAGCAGGCCCACAGCGCAGGAGCCGCCAGCAGCACCGGUUCUCUGGAGCGAGCGUCCCUGUUCUGCGCCUCCGCCUCCACCACGGCGUCCAGCUCGGGCCUGUCCAGUCCGGUGGAGAUCCUCAACAAGAGCAAAUCCUCCAGCCGCUUCUCUCUCUUCUCUCCGCCCUGGAACAGCAGCUCCGAGUCUGACUCCAACCCUCCGUCCCGCUCCGGCUCCAAGAAGCUGCGCAACUACAGCAGGAGGGCGGCGACGGGGCCGGCGGGCGCCAGGGGCCCCGACACACCCGAGCCCAAACCCGGCGGCCCCGAACACUUCCAGUACUCAGAACCCGUCAUCUCCAAGGUGACGGACUACAUCUAUGUUGGCAACCUGAACGCGGCAUACAACGGGCGCACCCUGUGCCGUAACAACAUCGACAGCAUCAUUGACAUGAGCAGCGUGCCCGGAGAUCCGGGGCCCAGCCUCAGCCUCAUACCCUGCACCUGCUCUCGUGGCACCCGCCACAGCUGGUCCCGCCUCAAAGUGGACAUUGGAGACGUGCCGGACGCCCUGGGCGACGGCCCGGCCCUGAAGCAGCGCUGCUUUGAGGACAUAAACGAGUGCAUCGACGCCUCCACAGAGAAGAGGAAGCGUGUCCUGGUCCACUGCCGGGACGGGUUUUCCCUGGCGCCUACGUGCAUCAUCCAGUACCUGAUGGUGAAGCAGAACAUGCGGCUAAUCGCCGCCUACGAGCUGCUGAGGGCCAAGUACCCGGUCAACAUCAGGGAGUGCCACCAGAACGUGCUGGUGAGCCUGGAGAGGGCGCUGCGACCUGGGGGCAACGUCGACCCCGAGUGCUUCAAACAGGCCAUCUCACGCAAAGUGGCGUGGACCUGACUUUCCCAACAUGCUCGGCUGCUGCUCGAGGCUCUCGUCACUCCCCCCUCCUCCUGUGGUAUUCGAUAUGUUCCUACAAACAACCAAGGGCAGCUGUACCUCCCCCUGUAGACUGGUCAACUGGAUAUUAUCGUUGUAAAACUUAUGAAUUUGAUGUGUUUCCUCUUCACACCUGUAAAUGUGACCCCCGGCCCCCUCCAUCACAGAACAGGAGACGCAAUAGACUUCGCUCUCAUGUAAACAGCUUCUUCUUGGUAUAAUGGUGUAAUAGUGUUGGUUGUAUAGUCGAUAUUGUCCUGCUUCAGUUCUGUGCCAUGCCGUCGUGGUGGUGUUUUAUAUCAGGGGUUAUUUCUUAACGGGAGAUCUCAGGAGAUUAUUGAUGUCAUUCCAGUGGGAAAAUACUCAUUAGAUUAGUCUGUGGGGUCCCGUUCUCACCGGGAAAUAAAAUGCAUCUCGGUGAGUUGUGUGCAGCACUAAGGGUUUGGUGAUCCGUCUAAAAGGGUUGGAAAGGCCAUCAUCAGUCUAGAUGUAGAUAUUUUAGAGUUCGUACGUUGCUGCAGUUGUGAACUAGCCCCUCAGGUGUGAGAAAAUCCAAACAUUUCAACAGUGGACAGGUGGCUGAAUGAGUCGAACUUAAAAGUAUGACCUCAAAGUGUGUUCGAGUUAUUGUCCUUCCACCUUCCACAAGGUCUGUGGUUUUAACACCAGCCCAGACAUUUUCAGGUUUUAUUCUCCGACAUA